AUGGCCAAGGGACUCUACCCGGCCGGCAUCGUGACGGAUUGCUGCUGGACUCUGGCUCCACUGUCCAUAAUAUUUGCACUGCUGGCAGCCAUGGUAUCGAAGAACAGCGCAGUGAUUUACGUUGCAUUCAUGGAUGAGUUUGGGGUGGAUCACCAAAGCGCCAGCUUGCCAAUUACACUACUCACAAUCAUGGUCCAGAUUUCUGGAUUCUUCGUGGCUCUUCUGCAAAAGAAGCUAUCCAUAUAUCAGAUCGCCCUCACCGGCAGCGUCCUGAACUUCGUUGCUCUAAUUGCCGCUUUCUUUGCACCCAAUAUAACGUGGAUGUGCGUCACUGUUGGAUUUAUGAGCGGCACAGCUGUGGGAAUCAGCGUUCUUACCCUGUCAAUCUAUGCAAUGCUUUACUUCGAGAAGUACCGCGCAGCAGCUAGCGGUUUCAAGUACACGGGGACGUCCUUGGCACCAGUUCUUUUUUCAAUACCGCUAUCAAAAGCCAUUGAAUCGUAUGGCGUGCAUGGUGCCCUGCUGCUUCUGUCGUCAUUGAUGCUGAACAUGAUUCCUAUCGCCAUGCUUAUGCAUAAUCCCCGGCCAGUUAACAUCAAUUGCCGAAACAAAGCUGCGUGCAACGCAAAGCAAAGCAUUCUGGAUAACCGACAUACCGGCAUUGUUCCCAAGGAAACAAAGCAAAAAUAUAUUCAGAAUAAGAAGAAUUUUCCCAUAACGACUACGAGCGCGACACCGAAAAACUAUGGCGACUCUCACGUAGGGAGAGCCAGUUGUGCGGCUACUGCCUCAAAUAACGAAGUUGUUCCUGAAAUAGGACUGACAGUGAACAAGGACUGUCAGGCAGUGCGCGGAACAGCUAGCUCUGAUUGCUCUAAUGCAAAGUAUAACUCAUCUCAUACCUUAAACAGCUCCUGCAGCUUUUCGAGCCUCAACUCUUCUGAUGUCCUGAAAGUACCAUCUUCUGCACAUAAGGUCAACACCUUUUACACCAAAGAGGACACUGGACUAGCCAGAGUCGUUCUGUGCGAGCCGACCCCAAGCUACCCGGUGGAACAAGUUGUUUUUCACAGACAGUGCAAUUCUUCCAUUUUCACCAUUUUACCUUCAGUGUAUCCCAGCAAUGAAAGAUGCGCUGACACACGUAAUCGUCCUCACACAGGCUUGCAGCCACAACGCUCCGCUGAAGGAGCGACGGACAACAGGUGCAAUGCAGAAAGCAGUGGUUCAACAUUCGGCUAUGCCGAAUACCUCUCAAACACUUUCGAAGCGACAGUGCUUGACUACGCUUUGGACAAGGGCGCCGAAAAAAAAGUGGCCCUACUUAUCGUUACCUAUGUUGCCACUGCGGAAAUGGCAGGCCGUAUGGCUCUACCCUUCUUCUGGGAUCUGCUACGUCUUCGCCGCAGCCUCCUAGCGGCUCUGUGCCUGCUGGGAGCUUCAGUUGGUCUCAUCGCCAUGCCACACGCCGUAUCUUUCAGCGACGUUGUUGCAGCUGCGGUGGCUACGGGACUGACCACUGGCUGCGCUGUAGCUAUGAAGCCCGUGCUCCUGAGUGACUCUCUUGGCGUUCAUGCAUUGUCCUUUUGCUGGGGCAUUACCGGAAUCAUCACACUGCCACUUAGUCUGGGUGGAACAGCGUUAAUAGGUGAGUAA